AUGGAGGAUGUCAACAUAAAAUAUUUUCAUGGAAACAAAUUUCAAGGAUUUCUAAUUCCCACCCAGUUUCAACAGCUGGAGCAAUUGCAAGAUGAGGAAAAUCCAAACUUUCUUAAGGAGGUUUUCUCUUCGUACUUCAUGGAUACCACUAGGAAGUAUGCUGAAAUUGAGCAAAAUCUUCACCAGGAAUCUUCAGGAAAGCAAGGGGAAGACAUGAAUAGGCUUAUACAAAGACUUAGGGGAAGUGUGUUGAACAUUGGUGCUCUCAAGGCAUUGAAUGAAGUCAAUAAGAUGAGAUAUUUUUUCGAAGAAGGCAACUUGGAAGGGUUCAAAGCUGCUUUUGAACAAGUGAAAAUGGAGAAUGAAAAUCUGCGGGUGAAAAUUGAUCCUUACUUUCAGUUGCUUGAGCAAGUAGGUUCAUCUGGGAAAGAAGAUAUCCCUGGGUCCCUAGCUAGAUCGUUAGCUGAGAGUUUUACCCUCAAGUGA